AGAACUGGGGAUGAAUGAUUUGUAGGUUUGCCAGUUUCUGCCGUUUAGUGGCGGUAAUGUACCUGAAAUGUUUCUCGCAAACCGUAAUAAAACCGCACACGAAGAAGAUGGUCGACCAGAUGCGCAUGCGUACAAAAAUGCUUACGGAAACAAUACGGGUAGCGAUGCAGUUUUCCGGAAAAAAGCUUCAAUAAACCUUUUUGAAAUAGCCGUCCUAAACAUACCGAAGCAUCGAUACAGGUCACAGGACAGCUUGCACUACUUUCUAGUACAAAAACACCAUUCGGUGUUUUCGGUUUUUCUUUUCCAAUUCUAAAUCAUCUCGGUGAACGUUAAAACUUCUCGGCCGACUUAGCAUAUCCGAGUUAGUGGAUAAAGACUGUCUUUUGUGAUUAGCGUAACGCUAAGCAGACUGCGAGCAAGACCAACAGUCUUAAUGCACGAAGAGGAACUUUUUGGUGUAAAAGAGGACAACAAGCAACGACUUGGCCUUCAGAGUCCAGAUGUCAAUGAUGAUCUUUGUCCUGAGCGUCAAGAGACAGAGCUCACCCUCAUUAAAGUGGAAGUGGAGGAUAAAGACACUCCCCACAUCAAAGAAGAGGUGGACACCAGCUCUGUUAAAGAGGAAGAGGAGCCCCUGCCCUUCUACAAUAAAGAGGAGGAGCUAAUGCUUUCAGACAUAAAGGAAGAAGAGAUGGAAGAGAUUGUCACCAAGUUGGUAGAUGAAGAUUGUCCGAGUGAGGAGAGCAGCAGCUCAAGUCAACACAUAACAACAGAAGGCGAGAAAGACCAUUGUAAAGAUUCACAAGAAGAUGGCCUCUUAGCUCCAAUAUCAGAUGAUAAUGACGCAGAGUCACAUUCUCCUCACACUGAUGAUGAUGAGGAGCAAUCUGAAGGAGUAAAUUUGGCAGUGUUUCGAGGAGAGGAUGGGAAGGCCCAUGUAUUAGAUGCCUAUUGCCCACACUUAGGUGCCAACCUUGCUGUAGGAGGACGUGUGGUGGGAAGCUGCAUUGAAUGUCCAUUCCAUGGAUGGCAGUUUCAGGGGGACAGUGGAAAAUGUGAGAAUAUUCCAUAUGCUGAAAAAGUGCCAGAUUUUGCCAAGGUGGACGUCUGGCACAGCUGUGAAGUUAAUGGUCAGAUCUUGGUUUGGUUUCACUGUGAUGGAGAAGAGCCUCAAUGGACUGUGCCAGAGCAGGAGGAGAUUACCAAAGGAGAGUGGGUCUAUCGAGGAAGAACAGAACAUUACGUCAAUGCUCAUAUAGAGGAGAUUCCUGAAAAUGCUGCAGACCUCUCUCACCUGACCUACUUGCACACUCCAGGCAUUGUCAGCGGAGUCGAUCUGCGCUACACAAAAAACAAAACCUGGCAGUUUGUGCAACAUCAUUGGAAAGCUCAGUGGGCCUCAGAGUCCUCUCCAUUCAAUCAUUGUUCUCAGAUGUUGCUGAAGCAUUCCUUACAUGUGUUUGGAAUACAUUGGCCUUUGCUUGAUCUCCAUGUUGUUGCUAGACAGGUAGGGCCAGGACUGGUGUUUCUACGUUUUGACCACAGUUUUUUAGGAAGUGGAAUGAUCAUGCAAAGUGUGACACCAGUGGAGCCUCUAUUGCAGUGUGUCUCUCACACAAUCUUCUAUCAGUCAAAUAUUCCAGCUUUUGUGCCUAAAUUUAUCUUGAAAGGAGAAUCCAUCCAGUUUGAGCGGGACGUGAUGAUCUGGAACAAUAAAACGUACAUCUCGAAGCCUCUCCUUGUGAAGGAAGAUUCAACUAUCCGGAAACACAGACGCUGGUACAGUCAGUUUUACAGUGAAAACAGUCCUCGGUUCCAAUACCAGCGCGAUACUCUAGAAUUUUGACCUCCAUUUGGUUUCUUUUUCAACAUUUAUUUUAAGGUUAUUUAUCUAGGUUCACUUUUAUUCUUCUCAUUUAUUUAUAGAAUACAAAUAUAUGUUAUUACAGUGCCAAUUUAUUGUGUUAUUGAUUACCAGUCAGUUCAGUUGUAAGUCCCCGGGAAUCUCUUGGCAUCUUGAAGUCUGAAAAAAGUACAUAGCUAAGGAAAAAAGAGGAAAAAUAAGAUGAUAACAGAAGUAGAGUCCAUGGAUUUAUACAAGUAUUUUGAUGGAUGACAUGUUACCUCUCGGUUAUUGCUGCUAAAUAGAGUAAGCAAAAAAUAGAAUAUAAGAAAGAGACUGCUUUUUGUAAACGGCACAUAUUGAUGAUGGGAAUUGCAACUGUUAAUCUGAGCCAAUUUUUACCUUUUAUUAAAAAAAAACAAAAACUGUUGGGUAAUCAGCAAGACAAAGCAUUGCUACAGACCAUUGUGACUUGUUCACUGGUUAUGUUGGAUUCUGAUUUACCACAGAAACAAAAUUGUAUAUGUUUUAUUUGUGUCAUUUGUUAUUACGUUAUGUCACAGUGUAAAUAUACUGACUCUGCAAACAUGCAGUAAUGUUGUUUUGUAUUUUGUACUAAAUGGUGAGAUUUGGUAUGCCAAUAAAAUUCCUUGAAUAAGAUCAUUUUUACAUUGAUUUGAAAUAAGCUCAGAGGUGAAACUAAAGCAGUCACAUUCUGACAUGAGGACAGUUGUUGGGAGAAAGGUAAAGUGGGCGGCAAAU